AUGGCUAUCAAACUGCAGUUAUAUGCGAAAUAUAUGCCCAAGAACAUGAUACAUAAAAUCCCCCGACAACCGGAAAGUGAAAGAAUCAAAAGGCCCUUGGUUCAGCGGCAGAAAUGUCCGUACGAUAUCCGUUUGGCUUUCAAACCGGCCAUGGUUCUCGCCCGUUUUAAUACCGAUACUUAUGAAGAUUGGGCGACCGCACAUGCAAAUAUAAAAACAGAGUAUACAGGGAACUUUGCACAAGAAACCUGA